CCUGGCUUGUAGUUGAUGCUUAAAAACAAAUGGGGAGAGAUUGUUAAAAAUGAUUAAGAAGGGAAGAUGAAGCACAUGGACUGCUGUUGGCUUUUAUUAGUGCAGUUUUAAUCAUGGAGCUGCCUCUGGCAUUCCAUGUGCUUCUAUCUUCUCGCCCCACUUCACAUUAUUUUUCACUAACUUAUGUCCUAACACCAAUCCCUCUCUCUCUAAAUACAUGUAUAUAUAUAAUCAAUCUUGUUGCCCACAUAUCAUUCUCAACUCCCCCGGAAACAUCGGAAAAUGCAUAGUAGCAGCAGUCCUUCCACUUGCAGCAGAUCCUGGUCUAUAAGUGAGGACUCGCUGCGGAGGUACGUGUUCCACGCGAGCGAGAACUGCAUACAAGAGCUGCUCUCGGCCUCUGACUCGGUGAGCGACGGGUGGGAGGUGGUGGGAGUGGAUGGCAACGGGGUCGAGAUCUCCAAGCGCAGAUCGGGAUCGCUCCACACCUUCCGCAGCCGCUGGGUGAUCCACUCGGUCUCGCCCCAGCAGUUCAUCACGGUCGCUAAUGCAAUCGAUGCUGCCAAGGAGUGGGAUGGGGAUUUAGUGCAAGGGAAGUACAUUAAAGACCUUGAAGAAAACCUGAGCAUUGUAUGGUUGAGGUAUGGAGAGAGAUCGAAGCCGUUGUUUAGAAACCGAGAGUUCAUAGUGUACGAGCGACGCGAAACCAUGGACGAUGGCACUUUGGUUGUCGCAGUGGCGUCUCUACCUAAGGAGAUAGCAGCUGGAUUACAACCAAAGCAAAACAACUCCAUAAGAGGGCUGUUGCUGCAGUCUGGAUGGGUUGUUGAGAAGCUACAAAAUGAUUCUUGCAUUGUCACUUACAUAGCUCAAUUGGAUCCUGCAGGGUGGCUGCCGAAAUGCUUUGUGAAUCGAUUAAAUACAAAAUUGGUAAUGAUAAUUGAAAACCUUAAAAAGCAGGUGGUGGCAUGUCCCACAAGAGGGAGAGGGCCUACAUGAUUAUUACUUUAUGUAAACCAAUCCAAAUACAGAGAUUAAACUUUAAUUAUCAUACACUCAGAUAUUGAUGAAUCCAAGUUAUGAUUAACCUACUGUAUUCAUCAUUAUCUCCAUUACUCAUUGUUAUUAUUCUUUA